AUGAUCAUUUACACUCUUCUUCUUGCCUCAUUGGCGGCUAAUGUUGCUGCUGGACCUUGUCGACCUGGUGUCAUUUCAUCAAGCGUCGGUACGACCACGAGCAACGCAGCCAUCACCACACUGGCCGCUGCGACCUCCAUUGAGGCGACAACAACAUCGACAGACACUUCUCCUACAACCACGAGUACUUCCGAGCUACCCCGCGAUGAAAUCAUCUUCGAAAUCAAUCCGGUAACCCGACUUCUCGCGAAACGAGACACACGAUUUCUCGGCAGUAAUAACCCUUCGGAAUGCACAUUUGCUUCCGUCUUCCGCCUCAACUACAACCAACUUCUGGAGAAUGGCGUACCUAUCUACUAUGCAGGCCAGGGAUACCAAGAACUUGCCGCUGAUGGCGAGCCACCUGUAGAUGGCAUCACCACUACAUUCUCUGUUGUUGACGGCAAGCUUUCGUGGACAAACGACGAGUUCGGCGAGGCAGGCUUCUGUCAAGAUGGAUCUGAUGGAAAGGUGUAUAUAACCUUUGGGUCAACGCCACCCGACUGCGAGUCAGUCACUCUUACGGCGUAUAAAGCAACGCAAUGUCAGAAUGGAGAAAUAGUCGGCCUUGAAAUCACCAGUGCGCUGACCACUGAUGCUGCUGACCACACUACUUCCACUGUAGAGGCCACUACCUCUGCCGCCGUUACUACUUCUGCAGAUGUUUGCGCGAAGGGUAUUGAUGGCUUGGAGGGCAACCCCCCUAGAGAAAGUCGUCUGUCUGACUGCUCAGCCCUGUAUACAGUCACUGUCAGCCCAUACCCAGUGACUAGCACUGUCGUCAAGCGUGAGCUUGCCAUCCGUAUCCCUACGGGCCGCUACACGGGCCAGCCUGUCAUCAACACACUAUUUGCCCGUGCCGAGGGAGAACCCACAGCCACCACGAUCCAACCCACCGAGGUUCCCACCUAUGCUACCUACUGCGACUCUCCAUCAGAUUACUAUGAAGCCUGCUCAGAGGCUGGAAUUACUGGUUUCACAACAACACUUCCCACACCAACCAGCACCGAUGAGACAACUGUUACAGAUUGCCCUAUGAGAAGAAUGGCAAAAAGGGCUGGUGAAGCUGUGGGCUAUAAGUAUGAGGAAAACUGGGACGCCUACAACAUGCCUGGAUACAGACUGUUCUAA